CUUGCGCGUUGCGGGCGGGGGGUGGAGAUAGGGGGUGACGCUAGGUUUCUUGGCAACGGAACAUCCGGGUACCCUGCGCAGCUCGCGAUACCUUCCGAGUUGGCUGGUAACCUUGGAAACGGGGCCUGUGGAUAACCACAGCAACGGCUGAAGCCUUACGAGGCGCCCGGUAACCUUGGUAACAAGGCAGAUUCUGGAGGCCUCCGAGCGGCAUGGCGGAGGUGAAGGCCCAGCCGAUUGCAACCUUCCCAGUGGCCUCAGACCUCCCAAAAAUUUGCUCAGGAAAAGUGCCGGAACUGCCCAUUCUGGAGAGAAGGAACUGGCUAAUACACCUGCACUAUAUCCGCAAAGAUUAUGAGGCGUGUAAGAUGGCUAUAAAAGAGCAACUGCAGGAGAGCCACGGAAUGUGUGAAUAUGCAGUCUAUGUUCAAGCUUUGAUAUUUCGCUUGGAGGGGAAGAUUCAAGAGUCGCUCGAACUUUUCCAGACUUGUGCUAUUCUCAAUCCACAGAGCGCAGACAACCUUAAGCAGGUGGCACGGUCCCUGUUUCUUCUGGGGAAACACAAAGCAGCCAUUGAAGUGUACAGCGAUGCCGCCAAACUCAACAGAAAGGACUGGGAGAUCUUCCACAACUUGGGUGUCUGCUACAUGUAUCUGAAGCACUUCAACAAGGCGAAAGAUCAACUGAACAGUGCCCUGGAGCUCAGUCGGCAUGACCUGACGUACACAACGCUGGGGAAAAUUCACCUGCUGGAGGGGGAUACACAGAAGGCCAUCGAAGUUUAUAAGAAAGCAGUGGAAUUCUCUCCAGAAAACACAGAGCUCCUUACCACCCUGGGCUUGCUCUACCUACAGCUUGGGAUUUAUCAGAAGGCCUUCGAGCAUCUUGGGAAUGCACUCACGUACGAUCCCAGCAACUAUAAGGCCAUUUUGGCAGCUGGCAGUAUGAUGCAGAUGCAUGGGGACUUCGACGUGGCCCUCACUAAGUACCGGGUAGUGGCUUGUGCUGUUCCUGAAAGCCCCCCACUCUGGAACAACAUUGGAAUGUGCUUCUUUGGCAAGAAGAAAUACGUAGCGGCUAUCAGCUGCCUGAAGCGAGCCAACUACCUGGCCCCCUUUGACUGGAAGAUCCUGUACAACCUUGGGCUGGUCCACCUGACGAUGCAACAGUAUGCGUCGGCCUUUCAUUUCAUCAGCGCCACAAUCCAUCUCCAGCCAAAGUUGGGCGAGCUGUACAUGUUGUUGGCAGUUGCACUGACGAAUCUGGCGGAUGCUGAGAACGCCAAAUUAGCCUACCAGAAAGCUGCAGCGCUAGACCUGUACAACCCCCUGGUAAAUUUGAAUUACGCUAUUCUGCUGUACAAUCAGGGAGAGAAGAAAAAGGCUGUCCUCCAGUUCCAGGAGAUGGAAGGCAAGGUCAACAUGUUAAAGGAGAGCAGCGCGCUGGAGUUGGACCCUGAGAUGGUGGACGUAGCCCAGAAGUUGGGUGUGGCCUUACAGCUGGGAGAGAGCUCAGCCUUGACCAAGCCUGCUAAAGACCCCAAGUCGAAGCAACGAGGUUCAGCCAGUAAGGCUCCAGGUAUACAGCCUCUGGGCUCAAAUCAAGCCCUAGGACAAGCCAUGUCUUCAGCAGCUGGGUAUGGGAGGACCAUGCAGUUCCCACCAGGUGCUGGGAUUUCAGCUCAGCUGGCAAAGCCCCCCUCCCUCCCUUUGGAGCCUGACCCUGACUCAGAGCCUGGUCCGGAGGAGGCAGAGAUGCAGGAGCAAAGGCGCAAAAGCCAGCCUGUGGGACAAGAGGAGGGAUCUGGCGGAGACGCCUGAGCUCAGGGAGCUCGCAAGCCCUACAGGACCUGCCCCACUGGGAGCAUAGGUGCAUUGUGUAGCUGGACAGCUGUUUUCCAUCCUUCCUUGAGCCAGUGAGGCACUCGAGAACUCUGAUUGGAAGCCCAACAUUCCAUACACGGGAGGGAGGGAGAUGAUGGAGUAGGCUUUCAGAGUCAGCCAGCCGAACUGGGCAGCGGGCCAGCAGCAACACAGCCAUCCCCGUGAAGCACCCUACACAUUGAGGGGACUGGCCUUUCACUCAUGUUUCUAGUGGGUCGGACUUACCUUCUGGAAACAGACCUCUAGGCUCAGCCGGAGGCUGGCCAGCCACCUGUACCCCUUAAAUCAGUUGCUUGUCAAAUUUGGGUUAGGCUGUGCAGUGUUGACUCCCUUUUGUCACUACCACUUCCUCAGAGGAAACCUGUAACGGACUCCUAGAGGGAUCAGCUUAGGAGAUGGUGUGGGGGGGGGGGGAGCAGGCAUCUCUUCCUUCCUUGGAUCACUGGCUGCUGGAAGCUGUCCCUAUCCAGACCAGCAGGGGAGAAGAAUAGCUUUGUUUGCAGGAUUUUUAAAAAUAUAGAUUUUACAAAUUGAAGUAAUAAAAUGGAUUGGAACCUCACCUACAGCCCCCCCCCCCGCCGUGUUACUGGAAUCCCUUGUAUGGUGAAGUGAGUAUCAGCACCAACCUAGCACUGGCUCAGUGAAUUCCAAGCUAGGCUAUUUAUCACUUUCCUGUCCACAGAUACUCAAAGUAAUGUAUGAGACAGUAUAAAAAAAUCUUCAAAGACUACAAAUCUCCCUGGGAAGCAGAAUAGAAGAAUGACACUAUCUCCAGGGGAAAAAAAAAAGAUGUCUAAAGCGAAAAGUGCAAU